CAAAGUUCACUGUGUUAGAGGUUUUUCCGUCCUUCUUAUGUUCACCUUCUCAGAGUGCUGACUGAACACCGACCAGAGAAGAGGGAAGGCAGAGGAAAAGAUUCUGAAUAAUGGGGGCCUCGGUGUCUGUACGGAACCAAACACCUUACACUUGGCACUACGAACUUGUUGGCGACGGAGGUGGCAGUGGCACGUUGCAUGGCUGGGGUAGUGUAAAAGAAAAACUCAACUCUAGGUGGAUCCAUUGCUACCUAAAGUUAAGAUAUGACAAUCACAGUUAUAACUCCUUCUCAUAUGAAUUCAACAGUCACAAGCAGGACGGGAGUCAAACAUUCACUAUUAUAGAAACCAGUGGCCGUUCACUUAUUCAACUACUGUGCGAUGCAGAGUCUAAUAGUCCAACAUGUCCAAACUAUGGGAAGCAAGAGGAAGACCGUAUCCGUCAGCAGCAGGAGGAGAUGGAGCGGCGAAGACAGGAGGAGCAACGAAGACGACAGCAGGAGGAGAGGAGGCGCCAGGAGCAACUGGAGAGGGAAAGGAGAAUCCAGCAAGAAAUCGAAAGGGAGUGCGAGCUUUCGUGUAAGAAGGUGUCAAAGGGACGAGAAAAGCUGAGACAGAAGCUGAGUCUUAAAGGACAACAGCGCCAUCACCAGCGUACACAAGAACUACACCAGAUGAUAGAAGAUGAUGCUGCUGCAAUCGAAAGGGAUGAGCCAGGGCACUUGAAAAAUAAGUUUGAAGAGCUUCUGAAGAAAUACAAGAUCACUGAAGACAAAAGCAUGCAAGAGGACAAACUUGAAAACCGAAUGAAAAAUCUUCAGAAUGAGCUAAGCCUUCAAUACUUUGGAGAGCCUCAACUGUCCAUCUGGUGUCAGUUGACCAUAGAUCGUGCUAUCAGCCAAGGAGAGCAAUCACUCACCGAGAGGUUUAGCAUCCUCACGGCUGUGGCAGAGCUAACGUUGACCAACGACUCGGACACAGACAGUAGAGAGGUCCAACUACCUGACUGGGACCAGAAGUAUGACUUUCUCAUCCGUCUUCUUGAACAGCUGUACAGCACCAAUCCCACAGUGGUUCAGCAACUUGUUCUGAGCAUUCUUGACAUGUUCACAGAGGUGUCAGAGAAAAACAAGGGGCUCCUUAGUCAAAUUCUCUUCAACAUGAUCUGGACACCUUCAGAAAUUCUGCUCUUUUUGCGAGGGUGUUUCCAGGCAUAA